AUGAGCUCUGGCUCCGCCCAGGAUGUGGCAGUCGAGCAUUUCCUGCGUGACAUAGAAAGGCGGAGUAAGCGGCUGCACUGUGCUGUGAUUGGCUGCGAGGUGGAACGACCCCGCAGCGACAUGAACCUGCUGUAUCGCAAGAGCCGUCUGGAUUGGAGGCAGAGGGACCAAGAUGGAAGCAAAAAAAGUUCCUCUGCAAAUGACCCCUCGGCGACCGUGGGCAAGGUCAGAGACUUGGCCUCGUUCCGUCGCCACUUCCGAAUGGGCUUCAUGACUAUGCCGGCCUCCCAGGACCUUUCGCCUCACUCGUGUGCCUCAGCCAUGGCGCCGCGCUCGCAGUCCUGCCACGCAGUCGGCGCCGGGGACGACAGUCUGGAAAAUGGAGAUUACUCUGAUGGCCAAUCCCAACACGGUGGCCGAUGCCCGCCCGUCAAACCCAAACGUCAUCCAAGCACUCGCCUCAGCUCUUCAUCUGCUGAUAGCAGAGGACCUCCCGAGACGCCGCCGCCACCUCCACCGAACUCCCACUCGCAGGGCAAGCACUCCGAGAAGAAAAAUGCCAUGAAGAAAUCCGACUCUGGAGACAUUGGCUCCAAAAAGGUGCCUCCUUUAAAACCCAAGAGAAGUCCCAGCACCCAGCUCUCCUUCGACCCCCUUCCUCCACGUGUGCCUCAUUCUGCCGCAUCGCUCCCAUUCCAAGGGGCCGACUCUCAGAUCCAAACUGGAGACGGAGACGAUGAGCCGGUCUAUAUAGAGAUGGUGGGUCAAGUCUUCACCAGAGAGAGCCAGUCCGCCACCCCUCACCCUGUCACCCCGGUAGCCACCACACCCGAUUCAGACUCCGACCAGAGCGAGGCCAUCUACGAAGAGAUGAAAUACCCCCUACAAGAGAACCGAGAAUCCCAGAAACACCUGCCGAGCAAACACGAGAAGAUGAAAAGUUCCAAACAUUACCACGUGCCCUCCUCGCAAUCCAGUAGCUCUUCUUCACUGCCGCGACCCUCGUCGUCCUCUCCCUCUUAUUCCAAACCUAAAGCUACAGUUUCAAUUUCUCAUUCGUCCCCACUACCUUCUUCCGCGUCAUCCACCCCCGUCCCGCAGGUCCUAUCCACCAGCCCCCACACUCCACGGGCGCCUACUCCCUACCUGUUGCAAGGGAGUAAAUGUGAACCAGAAUCCAACACGAAGAUCCCUGCUCCUUUCCCUAACCUUCUACAGCACCGGCCCCCGCUGCUUGCUUUCCCUCAACCGGCAGCAGCGUCCAGUGGGGUGGGAGUACAGAGCAAGGGAUCGGGCUCCUCAAAAAUGGGAUCUCAAACAUCCAGCGUGACCACGCAAGCUGGUAACUCCUCCUCGACUUCCUCCAACGUUCCGACAUCGGGCUCCAAAGAGCCAUCGGGAGGAAGUGUAACACCUCAAGAGAAACACAGCAGAGACUCCCAGUUGGGACCCGCGCCUGGACUCAGAGCUAGGAGUCACUCAACACCUUUGCCCCCAUCCUCGAAAUCUACAUCACCCUUCUCCCACCACCACCACCACCACCCUCACCAUCGGCCCUCUCACUACCAUCACUAUCGCAAACCAGAGAGGGGGGACUCCCCUGCGCCACUUAAGAGCAGCUCUCAUUCUUCCACCCAGGCCACCGUGCAGACCCAAACCUCAAGUACGGGCAAGGAAGGCAAGUCUGUUAGCUUCCUCUUAAAGACGGACAAAGGAGAGAGGGAGAAGGACCGAGACAAGGAUAGGGAUCGAGACAGGGUUAGAGAAAAGGACAGAGAAAAGGAUAAGGACAGAGAGCGUGAUCGGGAUAGCGGCCCACACUCUUUGCAACUGGAUCCUCUUCCUGCCACAUCUCAAGGUACCACCAGCUUGACUCCUACGCCUCUGUCCUCAUCCCAUCGCCCUCACUCUCGUCCUCAUUCGCGCUCUCACACACCCCACGGCCUGCCGGCUUACAAGCCGCCAUCCUCAGACAGCCCCCUCCUGUGGACUUACCCCUCCGGAGGAUUCCGGAGACCGCCGGCUUACGAGAGUUUACGAGGAAGCUCCCAGACGCCGUCUUUACAGCAGCCCUCCAGCCUCACAAGCAUUGGAGAAGGUGGCUCCAAGGGUGGUGAAGGCUCUUCAUCUCUCCAGUCCAAAGCUGGCUUCAUGCCCUGGGACAGCAGUUCUAACUUUGCAGGAGACGAAGGGUCUUCCUGGCCCUUGCAGAGAAAAUUAUCAUUCAGCCAUGGAAGCAGAGAAACUGAAAAAGAAGAAGGACGGUCUUGGAACGGAAGUGCCGAUGCCUUAUUAAGGAUGGACAAGGACGAGUUAGGAAUGGGUUUACGAGGGGGGCCGUCGAGCAUCCCGUUGCACUAUAGUGGUGCCUCAAGUAGGACCCUUGGUCACUGUGAGUCACUGCUCAGUGCGGAUAGCAGUGCGGGAUUCAGAGCCUUGCCCAGAAUCGGGAUGCCCCUUCCCUGUCAGACCUUCCCUGCCUGUCGCAACGGAGAAGUGGGGCGGCUGGGCCGUUCCUCGUCUGCUGCUGGAGUCAGACAGGUGGGCGGAGGAGACGUCCAGAGGCAGAGCAGUCUACCAGCAAGAGAAGCCCUCAAUCAGCUGCACGGCCUGCCGCAGCCCCAAGCAUCCAGCAGUCCUAGCGUGUCUAGGCAACAGCAGCAGCUGCAGCUCCACCAGCAGCAGUUGCAGUUAAAGCAGCAGCUCCAGCAGCUUCAGCAACAGCACCACCUGCAGCUGCAGUUCCAGCAGCUGGCCCAACUAGCGCAGGGUCAGCCUGCUGCCGGCGCCGCCUCGUCCGCCGCGCAGACCCAGAGGGACGGCAAGUUGCUGGAAGUCAUCGAGCGUAAACGCUGCCUCUGCAAGGAGAUCAAGGCCCACAGGCGCCCCGAUAAAAGUCUGUGCAAGCAGGACAGCAUGCCAAUCCUCCCCAGCUGGAGAAGGACGCCUGAACCUCGCAAGACCGGCACGCCGCCUUGCCAAAGGCCGCAGGCCGUCGUGUGGGACACGGCUAUCUGA